GAUGGCGGUGAGGCGGCAGCUGCGGAGCCUCUUCCAGGAGCCGCAGCUCAGUGGGGUCAUCACUGUAGAGCGGCCGUCCUCCCCCCCGGCUGCCGCCGCCGCACGCCUCUGUCCCUCGCCGCCUCCCUCACCGCCGGCUGCGAGAGUGGUGGCGGAGCCGUUGCCGUUGUCCCCGCCACGGCAGCGGGGCCCGCUGCCGGUGGAUUGCGCCGUGUUCCAGUGUGGCGGCUGCUGGGCGGUGCUGGGGGACUCGCUGCACCUCUGUGGGCUGGAGGAGCGGCGACUCGGCCUCCUCGUCUGCUACAGAGUCACAAACAACGUGGUUUGGGAGGACUCGCUCAUGGUUGGCUUGGAGGGAGCCCUCCUGGGAUGUGCUUACAAUGCAUUAUCCUGUCAGUCUUGUGGCUUGAUCGUGGGCUUCAUUCUUUACUCUGCCCCCAGUGACCUGGCCUAUCUCCGAGGCUGCUUCUGUUUCUUCAAGCACAGCAUCAUCUGUUAUCUCUUAGGAAAACAAACGAUAAUAGAAGCUUCUAAGGUGAAUUUUCCUGCUGUGACUUUGAAGGAAAAACUGCGAGAAAUGAAAGAAAAACUUGUGGAGGUCCACAUUCGCGUAGAAUUGCUGAUGAAGAAGCUGGAGGAACUGCAACAACAGAAUGAUGUGGCAGAAAGGCAAGCCUGUGCUUCAAAUGCAGUCGGCCUUCCGCCGGGAUAUGCAAUAGUCAGGGUCAACUAAUAACAGGCCAUUUUUAAGAACUGUGGAGUUGUUUCUGCAUCUCGGCUGAGUUUGUUCAUUAUGGUGAAAUAAUGCACCAGAACAGGGUUCAGAGGGUUGAUCUGUCACUUUAUCUGUGUAUAGAAUGAACCGAUGCUUAAGUGCAUCCCUUCAAUCUAAGGGGAGCACCUGAAGUCUGACAGACUGAAGUUAUGCUUGGAAAAAUGGAUAGCUCACCCAUGCAGCGCAUCGCUCUCCGAGACAGCAUAAAUAUGACUGAUUCCCUCCAAUGACAUUAGGAGGAAAAACAGCCUUUGAAAUACUAAAAUCAGGUUUCUGGAACUAUACAAAACAUACUAACAAGUUGAUACUCAAGAGGAGCUGUUAUAAAUCGAAUGUCCUCACACAAAUCUGAAGUCCCUGUCAUACCUUUUCAUACAGACACAGUAUUAAUGGCAGCUAGCUCUUGGCCAAGGGGCUCGUUAGCCACAUCUGGUAUGUGAGCCACUUGCUGAGUGGCCUCCUGAUCAGUUCUUUUAGAUUGGCCUGUGUACGUGACCUGCAGAAGGAGUGAGCUGGUGUGUCACAGGAGCUGCCCAGUGUGCUUGCUGAGGGUGUGAACCUGGCUGGCAGAAUGCUGGCUGGGGCACAAGGCUUUGGGUUUCAAAUUCAAGGGCAGCCCAUGUGCUUGCCAAGUCCCCUGGAAGCGCGCCCCAGCAGCUGUGC